GUGCUCUGCCCCAUCAGCCAUGGAAAGUGACCUAGUGGAUCCAGAGGGCAGCCUGGAUGCUGUCAGAGUGGAAGGAGCAACGGCCUUGUCACCCCCACUCCAGGCCCCGCCUGCUGUAACUGCCACAGCACACUCAAUUGCCAGGCAGGGCCGGUCUGCCCAGAGCAAGAAAAGGACUCAAGACCGGUCAGGAUCCAGGCUUCCUAACCGGGAGAGGGAAGGGGCCAGUCGGGAGGAGCGCCUCGUUUCUCUCUCGGAGCUGACUCCGUACAUCUCCUGUUCUGUUUGCAAAGGUUAUUUAAUAGAUGCAACAACCGUUACAGAAUGUCUUCAUACCUUCUGUAAAAGCUGCAUCAUAAAACAUUUUGAACAUAGCUAUAGGUGUCCAAAAUGCAACAUUGUAGUGCACGAGGCCAAACCUCUUAAUCACCUGAGGUCGGAUCCACAAUUACAAAACAUAGUGUACAAAUUAGUGGCAGGUCUAGAGGAAAAAGAAAAAAAACAAAGGCAGGAAUUUUAUAAAGAAAAUUGUCCAGAAACACCAAAACCUGAUGCUGUUCCACAGCCAGGCCCUUCAAUCGAAGGGAACACUGAGGAACUUGUGGAAUUGUGCCUUAGUUCACAUGAACCUAGUAUUUCUUUAAUGCUAGAGUCUAUGGGCACUAAUGCAGACACUGAGCAUUUUAAACCACUGAAAAUGAAGUUUGUGCAAAUCUCAAGAAAUACAACCAUUGGACAGAUAGAAAAAUUUCUCAAAAGAAAAAUGGGUCUUGUUGAAGCUUAUCGGGUAGAUAUCACGUGCGGUGGUCAGUUGCUGAAGGACUUUCAAACUUUACAAGAAGUCCACUGUAUAGUAGGGGAUGCUGGGAUGCAGGGUGAUUUGCUAAUCCUGUAUUACAGUAUUGUGCUUUCUCCUCUGAAUGUGACUGGCUAGGGCUAGUAUGAAAGUAAGAAGGCCUCUGCAGAACUGCAUUUUACUGAAGAGUUCUAGAAAACGUAGAAUCAUUAGACUUUGUACUGUUUCUGACACACCUGUAUCCUGCACCUGGCAUACUAGCAUUUAUAGGUACAGCUUGGGACAGUGGGAUAGAAGACAUGGACUUUUUAAAUUCCUUGGGAUUCCAAGAACUGUGAAGUUGAAUGUUGCAUCGCAUCUUUGAGAUAAGUUGUUGACAGUUUUCUUCUUGGUUGAGAUUCUGCUGUCUGCAAUGGCUUCCAGUGGUAGAUGUUUUGGAAAGCAACGUACUAGAGGUUCAAGGCCAGUCCUCCAUAAAUUGCAGCAUAAACUCACAAAGACUACAAUUUUUUUGCUACUUUUGUAUGUUGUCAUCAUAUUUUGAAGUUAACCUGUUUUUGUAACUGACAUCAAUCCUGAAGAGACAUUAUUCAAUUCUAAAAGGUAAGAAUUACUAUAUUAUGGGAAGAAACUGUCUCCAGUAGGAUGUAUGA